UCAUACUAAUGGACGAUGAGAGCGUGGAGCUGCUGUGGACCAAUCAGCGGGCGCCAACUGGACGUUGUUCCCGGAAUGUUCUAUCUCCGUCCAAUCAGAGCACAGUUCGUGGAGGACUACGGAAGUGAUCGCGCCUUUGAACCAAUGGGGUGCAGGAGUAGUGUGACGUGGACCAGGAAGCCAGUCUGGAACCAUCGCACUUUACCGGCGUCCGUAGUGAAUCUGUGGCGGCUCCAGAGACUCAGGGAGCGGACUGUCCUCUCCUCAGCGGCCGGUAGAAACACGCGUCCUCCGGGUGCGGACAUGUUGGCUCUCAGCGGGCUGUCGCUGGCUCUCGCCCUCGCGCUGCUUCCGGCUCCGGCCGACGCUCUGAAGGAAGGAGACUGUGAAGUGUGCCUCGGCUUCCUCGGGAAGGUUUACCAGUCGCUCAGGGACAACGAUGUGAAGUUCAACAGCGCAGACAUCGAGAAGGCGAUCGUAAAGACCUGCAGAGACGUGAAAGGGAAAGAAAACCGCUUCUGUUACUACAUCGGUGCAACAGCUGACGCAGCCACCAAGAUUAUCAACGAAGUUUCCAAACCGCUCAGCUACCAUGCCCCAGUGGAGAAGAUCUGUGAGAAACUCAAGAAGAAGGACAGCCAGAUCUGUGAACUGAAAUAUGACAAACAGCUGGACCUCACCACAGUGGAUCUGAAGAAGCUCAAGGUGAAGGAUCUGAAGAAGAUCCUGGAGGAGUGGGGCGAGUCCUGUAAAGGAUGCGCUGAAAAGUCCGACUUCAUCCGCAAAAUCACAGAGCUCAUGCCCAAGUACGCCCCAGCAGCCGCCAAGGCACGGACAGAACUGUAACACAAUAAAAACCAAACACAAACAAACACACAACUUUGGACUUGAUUUGGACCAGACUGCUGAGGACCGGGACCGGGAGCAGAGAGCUCUGUCUGUCUCAGUCUUCUUUUUUUAUUUUUUAUUUACAGGGAUUCACUCACCUGGUAAUUGUACACAGAGAAGUGUAGAUGGUAGUGUACACACACACAAACACACACUGUAUACUACACUACAGUGUACUUUUAAAUGAGGGUCGAGAGGUUUUCAUGGUUGAGGAAGUCAAUUUAAAGGGGAAACUAGAGGAUCGGGUGUUGUGACAUAUUUAAAGCUUUUCACAGGAAGUGGAGACAUGAGGGUCGUUUUAGUUUUAUUCUCCAUCAGUGUCAGAAUCAUCAAGUCGGAGGGGAAAUGCUCAAAGGCUCCACAGCAGAGCUCAGUUGUUGCCCAGGACUUCACACUCGAUCCAGGUCUUUAAAUCUACAGCUCGCUCAUUGAAUAACCCCUCGUCUGCUGCCUCGGCCAAGCCUCGCCGGCAAGAUGCUUCUGGAGAGUCGUCAUGUUUUUGAGGAAUUUGUUAAGUUUCCUGUUAAUCUGCUCAACUUAACUUUAAUUUCCAUGAUGUUCUCAUCCAGGAGACCUGACACUCUCAGAAAUAGUUUGACAUUAUGGGGAAAUAUUUGCUGAGAUCUGCCUACAGGCAACAAAAUCUACCUGUAAAUCUCACUAACUGCCAGUUUAUACCACAUUUAUUUAACCUGUACAAACGUAGUGUGAAAAUGAAGGUGAACGAGCGAAGGCUACUUCCCACAGUGUCAAAGGUUUGCUUUAAGUGUGUAGGAUUUAGAAGGAUCUACUGGUAGAGAUGAAAUCUUCAUGUUGUUGAGUUUAUAAUGACCUUUAACUAAGAAGCUGUGUUACCUCACAAUGAGCUCAUGUUUCUACAGAAGCCCAGAAUGGACAAACCACGCCUUUCAUCCGCCCGCACGCUCUCCUACAUGCUCGGAAAGAAAGUGUAAUAUGCCUUUUCACCACAAGGUGCCACUAAAUCCUACACACUGUUUUAAAGGCUCGUGACCACUGACGAGUCAAGACUUUAGCAUCUAUCGUCUCUGCUGCUGUCUUUCUGUUUUGGUUCGUCAACAGAGUCAGCCGUAAUUCAACGCAGAGUCAAGUCAAACAAACGUACAAUUAUUAAAACAGGUAAAAUAAAAAUCAAAUAAAGCCGUUUUCAGACAUGAACUCUGGAAAAUGUCCUGACAAUGUGAUCUGGACAUUUUGCGUAGUUUGUGUUUCUCAUGUGAAGCAGCAGCAGGAAAUUGUCCGGGUCAGACUCGAUCACAACGGGAAGUCGUGGUUCAUCUGGACUUUAUCUGGAGUUUGUCACUUGGGGGCUGACAGGAAAAACUCUGACUUGGACAUGUGCAUAGUCAUAUACAGCCCCUCCAGAUAAUUACAGGAGAUUAUCUGCAGUUCAUGUUUGAAUGAAGUAACCGGUGGCGAACAGCAGUGAGAGCGGAAUCUGACAUAUCUUUGAUUGUCUUAGGAGACGAUUAAAGUUUGAAACAAAACGGUUGAACUAAUCUACCUGAACAUCUGAAUCUGACCUCACUGAUGAUAUGGAUCAUGGUUGACUUCUGUUGAGGAACAUUUACUUAAUCUUUGACUCAGGAAGGUUCAGCAGUCCUUCCUCUGUCAGUAAAAAUAUUUAGGAAAGAUAUUUAUUUAGGACUUUUUUAAAGAAUCUUUCAUUUCUGAUCUGUGAUGGUUUUUCUGCUUCGUUUGGGGGAUUUUUUUCUUUCUAUUUUGCUCUGUUUCUGUGCUGCAGCAGUUUAAAUGUGGUGAACAUUGAAACUGAUGACAUGCUGAACUUCUCAGCUUUAAUCCAGUCAGGCAUUGGAUCAUGGGAACGUGGAAAUUCAAAAUAAAUACGUGAAAAUGAAUCAGUGGGUGAAUAUUUGCUGUCACUCACCAUCACCUGCUGUUUAUCUCAAGUUCAGCUCAGUUAAAAUACCCAUGUUUCUGAACAAGUUAAAAACAAUCACGUGUUUCUGUCACGUGAGACUUUACGUCUCCGUCAGCCCCGGACUGCUGAGUCUGUCAGGAGGGAUCAUUAUUUGUGUGAUGUUAACGUGUACUCUUAAAAAAAAAAAAACUUGUUAUGGGAAAUGAAAACUUAAAAUAUGCUGUUGUUUCACUGUGACCUUUCAAACUAAGGUGCAGUCAUUUGUUACAACUGUACUAUUCUACUUUUUCAUUAAAAUAUGAAAAACUCCAA